AUGGGGAAGUCGAACCCAUUCUCCUUUCGCCGUAGCAGCAGCACAACCAGGCGUCGACGAACAACGAAGAAGGUCGGCGAGUCGCAGCAAUCGGCCAACGCGCCGUCACCUCCGGCCAACGUCGGGGAUGUUGUGGCGGCGAAACCGAAGAAGAAGGCUGGUGGAGCGAGAUUAUGGAUGCGGUUCGAUAGGUCUGGCGAAUCUGAGCUUUUCGAGUGUGAUAAGAACACCAUCAUCAAACGGGCGGGUAUUCCCGCUAGGGAUUUGAGGAUUCUUGGCCCUGUUUUCUCCAACUCCUCCAAUAUCCUUGCUAGGGAGAAAGCGAUGGUUGUUAACUUGGAACACAUUAAAGCCAUAGUCACAGCAGAAGAAGUCCUUCUACUCGAUCCUCUUCGUCAAGAGGUUCUUCCAUUUGUGGAUCAACUGAGGCAUCAACUUUCUCACAAAAACCAUUUCAACACUUCUGGUAUACAACAAGGUGGACGCCAGCUUGCUUUACGUGAUACAGAAUCAAACCUCUCAGCUUCUGGAAGAUGGCAACCUGUUCCUGAAACCGCUGAAGGUUUGCAAGCCGAGCUUCCAUUUGAGUUUCAAGUUCUGGAAAUCGCAUUAGAGGUAGUGUGUACAUAUCUGGACUCAAGUGUAGCAGAUCUUGAAAGGGACGCUUACCCUGUUCUCGAUGAAUUAGCUAAGAAUGUCAGCACCAAGAAUCUCGAACGUGUCAGAAGUUUGAAAAGCAAUCUUACUCGUUUGCUUGCAAGGGUACAAAAGGUAAGGGAUGAACUUGAACAUCUUCUAGAUGAUGAUGAAGAUAUGACACAGUUGUAUCUAACAAGGAAAUGGUUACAAAAUCAACAAAGUGAGGCUUUGUUAGGAGGUGUUGGGUCAAAUAGCUUCCCAAAUAAUGUCCUACAUCUGCGCAGAUUAAGCUCUGUAAAAAGUGGAAGUAUGCUGACAAGUGGCAAUUUGAAUGAUGAUGACGUGGAGGAUCUUGAGAUGUUGCUUGAGGCUUAUUUCAUGCAACUUGAUGGAACUCGAAACAAGAUUUUAUCUGUUCGUGAGUACAUUGAUGACACGGAAGAUUAUGUGAACAUCCAACUGGAUAACCAAAGAAAUGAGUUAAUCCAACUGCAGUUAACAUUAACCAUAGCUUCAUUUGCUAUAGCUUGUGAGACAUUAGUGGCUGGAUUAUUUGGGAUGAAUAUACCAUGUCGAUUAUAUGACAUUGAAGGCAUAUUUGAGCCAUUUGUUGGAGGCAUAACUGCUGCUUCUCUUGUGCUUUUUUUGCUUGUUCUUGGAUACGCCAGGUGGAAGAAGCUGCUUGGUUCUUAAUAAGUUAUUAUCUUAUUGGGUUUGAAUUUUUGUUUUUGUUUGAUAUUAUCAUGUGAUGAAUGUUAUGAUUGCCUUUAGUGGGUUGCUUUUAUUUUUGAAUGGUUUAAUUAGUGAUUUUCUGUUUUUUUUUUAAAGACAUA